AUGCUCAAGUCUCAGGCCAGUCCACUGAUCCACCUCUGGAUCCAAGCAGAUGACUCCAGUCAUCUGGCGGGCUCUCCAGAAUUUGCUGCCAGGCUCCGGUCCCGGGUCUCAGGCGCUGUCCCCGCUGCCUCGCGCACUCUCGGUCUCUCCGCCUCCCGGAGCCUCGCGACUUCCUGUCGCUGGGGCAUCGCCGCCGCCCCUUCCCGCGUGAUUCCUGCCCCGCGGCUGCAGCCGGUUCCUGGACGCCGAGCGGCGUGGGAGGACCAGCGUCUCUCGGUGCGAGAACAGGUAACAUCGCGAGACCCCUCCCUGAGUAGUGAUGUGGUUUUCAAUCCCGCAGCGUCCGUGUCACCGGGAGUUGAAAGAGGAGGCCUGGGAAGCUUCACGGACAAUGCCCGCGUGGGCUCUGGAGGCCAGAGCCUGUUCGCCUUCAGUGCAGAUGCCCUCAGGGACUCAGUGGUCAUGGAGGAUGUGGCCGUGCUCUUUACCCAUGAAGAGUGGGCUUCCCUGGAUCUUGAUCAGAGGAAACUGUACAUAGAUGUGAUGUUGGAAACCUUAAGAAACCUGGCCUUCGUGGGUAAGAAUGGCAUCAUUAACUUGAGUGAAGUGAAAGAUAGGCCUUAUGCAGGUAAGGAAUGUGGGAAAGCCUUUAGUGAUUCCUCACUCCUCACUAAUAAUGUAUCAACUCACACUGGAGCAAAACCUUACAUAUGUAAUGAACGUGGAAAAGCAUUUAGGAAAAUCACAAACUUUAAGAAACCUUAUAAAUGUGCAGAAUGUGGGGCACCCUUUAGAUAUUCCUCACACCUCACUUUACAUAUAAAAACUCACAGUGGAGAGAGACCAUAUGAAUGUAAAGAAUGUGGGAAAGGCUUCAGUCGUUACUCAUACCUCACUAGACAUAAACGGACUCACAGUGGAGAGAGGCCCUAUGAAUGUAAACAGUGUGGGAAAGCCUUUAGGGAUUCCUCAACCUUCACCAGACAUAAAAGAACUCACAGUGGAGAGAAGCCUUAUGAAUGUAAAGAAUGUGGGAAAGCCUUUAGUUAUUCCUCAUCCCUCCCUAAACAUAGAAGAAUUCACAGUGGAGAGAAGCCCUAUGAAUGUGAGGAAUGUGGCAAAGCCUUUAGUGAUUCCUCAGGUCUCAGUCAACAUAGAAGAACUCACAAUAGAGAGAGGUGUUAUGAAUGUAAAGAAUGUGGGAGAGCCUUCAGUUAUUCCUCAGCUUUCAGUAAACACUUAAGAAUUCACAGUGGAGAGAAGCCUUAUGAAUGUCAGGAAUGUGGGAAAGCCUUUAAUUGUUCCUCAGCCCUCAGCAGACAUAAAUGGAUUCACAGUAGAGAGAGACCCUAUGAUUGUAAACAAUGUGGGAAAGCCUUUAAAGAUUCCUCAGCACUCACUAGACAUAAAAGAACUCACAGUGGAGAGAAGCCUUAUGAAUGCAAGGAAUGUGGGAAACCCUUUAGUUAUUCCUCAUCCCUCCCUAAUCAUAGAAGAAUUCACAGUGGAGAGAGGCCCUAUGAAUGUAAUGAAUGUGUCAAAUCCUUUAGUGAUCCCUCAGGCCUCAUUCAACAUAGAAGAACUCACAACAGAGAGAGGCCUUACAAAUGUAAUGAAUGUGGGAAAGCCUUUAGUUACUCUUCUACUCUCACUAAACAUAUAAGAACUCACACUGGAGAGAAGCCUUACGAUUGUAAGGAAUGUGGGAAAGCCUUUAGUUGUUCCUCAGCCCUUAGCAGACAUAAGUGGACGCACAGUGGAGAGAGGCCUUAUGAAUGUAAAGAAUGUGGGAAAGCCUUUAGGGAUUCCUCAGCCCUCACUAGACAUAAAAGAAGUCACAGUGGAGAGAAGCCUUAUGAAUGUAAAGAAUGUGGGAAAGCCUUUAGUUAUUCCUCAUCCCUCCACAAACAUAGAAGAAUCCACAGUGGAGAAAGGCCUAUGAAUACGCCGCCGCUGAUUUCUGGACGCCGAGCAGCGGGUGCGAGCCUGCGUCACUCCGCGCGGGAACAGGUAACAUCGCGAUACUCCUCGCUGAGCAAACGUGUGGUUCUCAAAUCCCCAGCGUCCUCGUCACCCGGAGUUGGUGAGAAAUGCGAAGUGGGGGGGCGCGUGGACGCCUGA